CAAACCCUAAUUCGAGAACCAUCCCCUCCGACCUAGGCUAUGGCUUUCAUCGUGUCCAAGCUCGCGCGGGCAGCCCUCGCAUCCCGCCCCGUUGGAGAUAUUGCUGGUGUCCUCCCCCCGUGUCUCCCCCGGCUCUAUCUGCCGGCUGGUACCAGCCGUCGCAUGUUUGCAGCUGCAGGCGGUCCCAAGCCAAAAGAAGCACCUCGAAUAUAUCCCCUUGUUGAUGAGAAUUCCAUUAAGUCGAAGGAAUCCCUAUGGGCCUUGUAUGAAUGCUGGUGCAAGUAUUGGAGGGUAUCCCGUGACCGUGAAGAGAUGGUCCGCCGGUUCAAGUCAUUUGAGGCUGCUGCACUGUGGGUGUACAAAAUGAACAACUCUGGGUGUUCGCAAGUGUCUCAACUGGGCCCGUAUUCUGAUAUGUCACAGAGGGAGAUUGCUGAGCUGUUACCUCCACUUCCUGAGUAUGAUGAUGAAGACAUAGAAGAUACCUUUUUAUCAACGGUAUGA